AUGUUUUGGAUAUACAACAAACGUGUAAGAUUCGAGGUCGGCAAGUACUCUUACGAGCCAACUGAUUUUCCUCAUUUCAGCGUUAAAAUUAAUAUUUUUUUCCAUAGCCAAGAGUCGAACUAUCUUAUAAGCCUAGAUUCCGAAAAGCCGCCGCUACGGCCUCUGCCCUUCUUUUCCUCGGAUAUCACCAGUCCCAUCUGCACAACCGUCCGCUUCAUCACCCGAGAAAGCUUGUCGUAUAAUGACAUACAAGAGGAGGUCAGAGAAACUAUCUGCGAUCAUAUCCAGAGCGACAAGCUCAGCGAGGGGAGAUGCUAUGACAAUUACAUCCAAGGAGACGGCGACGAGGAGUUAUUAGGCUGCACACCCGUGAUUGAGAUCAUAUGGGAAAUGGUGUCAACCAUGAUGGCCGAGCACGUCGAAUUAAAGGUCGAUUUAAAUAUCCGGAUGAUAUAUUCUUAUGCGUAUAUAGUUGGGAAAGGCCGCCACAACGCCAUGGCUAACUCGGGGUUCAAGCUGAUGGAGUUUUGCGGUGGCGGUGGUGGUGUGGCGGAGACGGGCUGGUGCCCCAUCUGCUUGGCGGAGAUCGGUGGAGCCCCCACGUUGAGAAUGCCAUGUAGCCAUUUGUUUCACGCCGUUUGCCUCGUGCUUUGGCUGCGGCGUGGUUACUCUUGUCCUCUUUGCCACUACGAGACGCCAUCGAUCAAUCAAGUUUUUGAUACGACCCGUGAUGAGCCCACAAGGAUGAAUAUAGCACCACCACGGCCACGAAGUCUUAUCAAGACUAUGAUCGGCGUUACAAU